AGAAAAUCUAGACAAUGCCAAAUAUCUAUUAUUGCGAAUAUCCCACGGCGGUAUUCCGCCCGUAAAAGUUAAUUUUUAUAAUUUCGGGUCUGUAUAAAUAUAAAUGUUGAUCUCAACCAUGUACGAGUAUGAAAAUAUAAUUAAAUCGAGUUGAGUAAUAAACGAGUAAUUUGAAAUGUUCUACAUAUUGAAUUUCUUGAUUAAAAUUCAUUCGUUUUACUUCUGUGUCGUCAAUGUCAAGACAACAGAUUGAAGUGGAGAUGAAUUAUCAUUAAGAAUACGGUAUUUUAAAAAUUGCGGUCGAUAUAUAUGUAUGGUUUGGUUAUCGAACAAGGAAAUGGGCUUUUCAACGAGCCUGCAAGGGCAGGCAUCGCACGAAGCUUUACUUGGACGACAGGAUGCAGAAAUCAAGCUUUUGGAAACAAUGCGGCGAUGCUUGACAACGAAAGUUAAAUCUGAUCGUGAAUAUGCUGCAACUAUUUCUUCUUUAACUCUACAAGGUAAAAAAAUAGAGCGAAGCGAAGAUCUUGUAGGCAGUUUGAUUGCUCAGAGUUGGAAAGAUAUUAUGGAUUCAAUAGAUCAAACAGCUAAAUUAAUUAAACAGCAAGCAGAUUCUAUUGAAAGUAUUGUUAUAGAACGCAUUAGCGUUUUAUAUUCUGAAAGAAGAAGAGCUAGAAAAGUUUACCAAGAAGAACAAGCCUGGUUGAUUAAUCAAUUUCAACAACUGACAGAUGAUGUAGUCAGAAAAAAGAUGGAAUAUCAAAAAAAUUUGGAGGUCUAUAAAUUGAUGAGAUCUAGAUUUGAAGAACAUUAUAUAAAAUCUGGCCGUGGAGGUAGAAAGUUAGAUGAAGUAAGAGAAAAAUACCAAAAAGCUUGUAGAAAGUUACAUUUAACGCACAAUGAAUAUGUAUUACUUUUGGGUGCUGUAACAGAAUGUGAACACGAUUUAAGAACUUGUUAUUUACCUAGUUUACUUCGUCGACAACAAGCUAUACACCAAGAAUUUAUUACAUCAUGGAAAGGUAUACUUCAUGACAUAGUAAAAUAUUCAGAUUUUACUACAGAUAAAUUUUUAGAAAUACAUGCAAGAAUGCAAAACGCAGUUGAUACAGUAAAACCAAUUGAAGAAUAUAGAGAUUUCAUAGGAAAACAUAAAACUAGAGCAGUAUCACCAAUAAGAUUCACGUUUGACGAGAACCUUGUGGAUGAUACUUCAGGAAAAUUACUACCCAACAAAUUAACUGUGGAUAAUUUAACCAUUGAUUGGUUAAGAAGUAGACUUACAGAACUGGAAACUUCUCUUAAAGCAACACAACAGAAUCGCCAGAAUCCACAAUUUUCUCCUGAAAAUAAUAGUGAUUCUAAGAUUUCUGCCUUAGACUAUUCUAAUGAAAGGGAAGAAUUGAGACUACGUUGUCAAGAAAAGAAAUUACAAAAACAGGUUGAUGUUAUUAGAGCUGCUCUUAAUGAAUUGGGAUGUGAGGAAUUGCCUUCAGGAUGUGAUCUCUCUAUGGAAGGCUCAUACACCGAUCCUCCAACAAUAAAUAAGAAAAGCACAGUUGCAGAUAAUGGUUUGUUUACACUAAGAAGAAAUCAACGCUUUCUGACGAUAAUAAAGUCACCUUUCAAGUCUUUGCCAUCAAUAAGUGAUUCGAAAAAUGGAUUAAUUAGGGCCAGUAGUGAAGGUGUUACAACAAAAGCAGACAGUGUUCCCCCAGUUGUACCAUUGCGUUAUGUCUCGCAUUUGACCAAUAAUCAGAAAGGAAACGGAAAUGGAGAUUUAAUGGAAGAAGAAUGGUUUCAUGGUGUUCUACCAAGAGAAGAAGUAGUAAGAUUACUUGUUAAUGAAGGAGAUUUUUUAGUGCGUGAAACAACAAGAAAUGACGAAUGUCAAAUAGUUUUAUCCGUUUGUUGGGAUGGUCACAAACAUUUCAUUGUACAAACUACGCAGGAAGGACAUUAUAGAUUUGAGGGUCCAACAUUCCCAUCAAUACAAGAAUUAAUUAGGCAUCAAUGGAAGUCUGGUCUGCCUGUGACUAGUCGUUCUGGGGCUAUUCUUAAAACACCAAUAUUACGUGAACGAUGGGAACUCAAUAAUGAUGAUGUAAUUCUUCUUGAAAAAAUAGGUCGAGGUAAUUUUGGAGAUGUAUACAAGGCACAGCUUAAAACAUGCAAGACUGAAGUAGCUGUAAAAACUUGUAAAGUAACAUUACCUGAUGAACAGAAAAGAAAGUUUUUGCAGGAAGGUAGAAUUUUGAAACAGUAUGAUCAUCCAAAUAUAGUAAAACUUAUUGGUAUUUGUGUUCAAAAACAACCAAUUAUGAUAGUAAUGGAAUUGGUUCCAGGUGGUUCAUUGUUAACAUAUUUACGAAAAAAUGCUAGUUCAAUUACUCAACGAGAACAAUUACGAAUGUGUAAGGAUGCAGCUGCAGGUAUGCGUUAUUUAGAAUCGAAGUAUUGCAUACAUAGGGACUUAGCAGCUCGAAAUUGUCUCGUAGGUUACGAGUCAAUAGUAAAAAUUUCAGAUUUUGGAAUGUCAAGAGAAGAAGAAGAAUAUAUUGUAUCAGAUGGAAUGAAACAAAUUCCUAUUAAAUGGACUGCACCAGAGGCUCUUAAUUUUGGUAAAUACACUUCCCUUUGUGAUGUUUGGAGUUAUGGUGUUCUUAUGUGGGAGAUAUUUUCUAAAGGUGGGAAUCCAUAUAGUGGUAUGUCAAAUUCUCAGGCACGUGAAAAAAUAGAUGCAGGAUAUCGCAUGCCAGCACCAGAAAAUACUCCGGAUGAAAUAUAUCGAUUAAUGUUACGUUGCUGGGAAUAUGAACCAGAAAAACGACCACAUUUUGAUCAGAUAUAUACAGUUGUUGAAACAUUAUCACAAGCUUAUUUAUAAAUAAUAAUCAGUAGCACAUAUACACAUAUUUUUUUGAUAUUUACAGAAAAAUAGUUAAAACAGAAAAAUUCUUGUAAUAUCUAAAAACAAUUGUAAAUUUUUAUCUGUCGUAUUUUUUUAGUAUCAACACAUCAGAAGUAACCUAUUUAUCAGGAGUAAAAUAUUUGAGAAAUUAAUAUUUAAUCUAUAAUAUUUUUUAUUUGUACAUUUU